UUAACCAAACCCAAACCCAAACCCUGACCCUGCCAUAUUUCUUCAACCUCAUAUCUCUCAGCUGCUCCCGCCGUCAACGCCGACCACCUCCUCAACUCGACUCCGGCAUCUCUUUCUCCGCCCACGCUAGGCCAUUCCAUCUCAGCUUUGUCAUGGAAUUUGAUAGAUGAAUUUUGCCCUGUUUUCUCGCAUAGUUUCCAGCUCCAGCCACCGAUAUAUUUGUCAAGGCAAUAUUUCUACAACAAUGGCAGAUACUCUGUCCGGUUCGCCGGAGACAUUCGUUGAUAAAUUUGUUGUUCCUGGUGAUGUGGUUCUUGAUCUCUCAGCCAUGGCUAACCAGACCAUUAAGCUUGGCAGCGGUCUUCGACAGGAGUCUGAUGCUAUAUCUGUGACGAAAGCUGGGAAAUUGAAGUUGUCUAAGCAUAAUAAGUACUGGGUUGAGAGCUCCCAGAAAAGGUAUGUACCGAGUGUAGGGGAUUCGGUUCUUGGAGUUGUGGUGGACUCUAGAGCAGAUAAUUUUCUUGUGGAUAUUAAAGGACCUUCAUUAGGCUUUUUGCCGGUGCUUGCAUUCGAAGGAGGAACCAGGAGAAACAUACCAAAGUUUGAGGCAGGUACUUUGAUUUAUGUUCGGGUCGUGAAGGCAAAUCCUGGCAUGAAUCCCGAGUUGUCAUGCACUGAUGCUGGUGGGAAAGCAGCAGAAUUCGGACCCCUUAAAGAUGGGUACACAUUCGAGUGCUCAACAGGCCUUUCAAGAAUGCUGCUCAGCUCCCCACCAUGUCCAGUUCUUGAGGCCUUUGGAAAGAAGGUUUCCUUUGAGGUAGCGGUUGGAUUAAAUGGACGCGUUUGGGUCAAUGCUGAAUCUCCAUCAACAAUUAUCGUUGUAGCUAAUGCAAUUAUGAAAUCGGAGUCUCUCAGUGUGGUACAGCAAAGAAUUAUGGUGGAAAAGCUUCUUCAGACCUUACAUCUAUCAACAUGAGAACUGAAGUUCUACCUUUAUUAGCAAUGAGGGCCUCAAUCUUUGUACGGAUAUGGAGGAUAUGAAUGAUGAUUUAGGCUUUGAUGGAGGGAUUCACACUAAACAUGAUCUUAAGAAGGAAUCAUAGUGUUCAACCUUUAGAAUUUUGUCAAACUAGUUUACUAGAGUUUUAGACUUGUGGAGUCUAAGUAUUUUGAUAUAUGAAAAUUUAUUUAUUUAUUUA